GGUUAAAGGCCCCCAAAAUAUGCAUAUGUGAAAAGGCCAAAAAGUAACCGUCAUUGACAGGGAGUCUUAACUAGAAAAGGAAACAGGACAAAACUGGCAGGCUCGGUGAAAGCACAGCCGGCAGCGUCCCGGACGAGGAGCUUCCUGAAAAUUUGUGUUCCUAUGUAUAAAGAUGUCUUUGGUAGACUUAGGGAAGAGGUUGCUAGAAGCGGCAAGAAAAGGCCAAGAUGAUGAAGUGAGAACAUUGAUGGCAAAUGGUGCUCCAUUCACCACAGACUGGCUUGGAACAUCACCCCUCCACCUUGCAGCCCAGUAUGGUCAUUAUUCCACAGCAGAAGUGCUCCUUCGAGCAGGAGUUAGCAGGGAUGCACGGACCAAAGUGGACAGGACCCCUUUGCACAUGGCUGCAGCUGAUGGACAUGCACACAUCGUGGAACUACUUGUUAGGAAUGGUGCAGAUGUGAAUGCCAAGGAUAUGCUAAAGAUGACAGCUUUGCACUGGGCCACAGAGCACCACCAUCGAGAUGUUGUAGAGCUGCUUAUCAAAUACGGAGCUGAUGUCCAUGCUUUCAGCAAGUUUGAUAAAUCUGCUUUUGACAUAGCCCUGGAGAAGAACAAUGCUGAGAUUCUGGUCAUCCUUCAGGAAGCAAUGCAGAAUCAGGUGAAUGCUAAUCCCGAGAGAGCCAACCCUGUGACUAUGGCUACCCCAUUCAUCUUCACGUCAGGAGAAGUUGUCAACCUCGCAAGCCUUGUUUCUUCAGCCAGCACCAAGACAACCUCAGGUGACCCCCAUGCCUCCUCAACAGUACACUUCUCAAAUUCUACCACCUCAGUGCUGGCCACCCUCGCAGCUCUUGCUGAGGCAUCAGCCCCCCUCUCCAACUCACACAGAGCCACAGCUAAUUCAGAAGAAAUCAUAGAGGGCAAUUCAUCAAUUGCUGUUGAUUCAUCAAUCCAGCAAGUGGUGGGGAGUGGAGGCCAGAGAGUCAUCACCAUAGUGACCGAUGGAGUCCCUCUGGGUAAUAUCCAAACUGCAAUCCCUACUGGAGGCAUUGGCCAGCCAUUUAUUGUGACUGUGCAAGAUGGACAGCAAGUUCUAACUGUACCUGCUGGUCAGGUUGCAGAGGAGACUAUCAUUGAGGAAGAGGCAGAAGAAGCAGAGAAAUUGCCACUGACUAAGAAACCAAGGAUAGAAGAGAUGACAAACAGUGUGGAAGAAAGCAAGGAAGGCACUGAAAGAGAGCUACUUCAGCAGCGCCUCCAGGAGGCUAAUCGAAGAGCCCAGGAGUACCGACACCAGCUUCUAAAGAAAGAGCAGGAGGCAGAACAGUACCGCCUCAGACUGGAGGCCAUGGCCCGACAACAGCCCAAUGGAGUUGAUUUUGCCGUGGUUGAAGAGGUGGCUGAGGUAGGUGCUGUAGUAGUCACGGAGCGGGAGAUGGAAGAGAGAGAGACAGAAGUGCCUGGGGCAGCAGGGACCACAGAGCCUCAUACUGGAGUUGCCAUGGAAACUGUUUCAACUUAAUGUGCAAGGGCCACAACUUGUACUGUGUCCAUCUUUUUCCUCU